AGCGGCGCCGCGGACUGAUGCGGGCGCUGACGAUCAUGGCUGCCCGGCAGGCGCACGGCCGCGGCUUCCCGGUGUACGGCCACACGGCCACGGAUAACCGAGCGAUGCAGCGGCUGCUGGAGGAGUUGGGGCACCGGCGGCUGCCGGGGCUGUGCUACUUCGUGCUGUAUAACCCUGCCCUGGCGCGGGCUGCGCCCGGAGCGCCCCCGGGGAGUAACGCGUGAAUAAAAGCAAUCGGACCGAAAAGAGCCGCGGCGUCUUGACUGGACAGCGAAAUAAGAAAGGAACAAGCGGAAAAAACAGCAACCGGCCGGAAAAGCACGAGAGAAACGGCAGCCUGCAAAGCAAAGAGAAAAACAGCGGAGCCGAAACCGAAAGAGAACCGCCCCGCCCGCUGCCCACGGGGCGACGGCGGCGGAGGACGGCCGGGAGGCGCUGCCCGACGGGGACGGGAGAGCGGCGCGUGAGAAUGGAGCGCGCCGGGCGGAUCACCGACAGCUUCCCGCGGCGGCACCGAGCGCGGACGCGCACCGACGGCAAGGAGCGGAGCGGGACACGGCGCGGGCGCGGCGCGGAGGGGCGGCACCGGGAGGUCCCGCCGGCCCCGCCCCCGCCGAACCCCCCACGCGCCGAGCCGGAGGACGCCCGGGACCCCCCGGCACCAACCCGCGAGGCCCCACGAGAGCUGCUGGAGAUGCUGCGGCGCUUCGACCUGGCCUGGGAGUACGGGCCGUGCAGCGGCAUCACUCGGUUGCAGCGCUGGGAACGGGCGCGGGCGCUGGGGCUCAGCCCGCCGGCCGCCGUCCGCGACGCCCUCCUGGAGCACCGGGACGACCCCGCGGUCACGUACAGCCUGUGGCACGAGUACGGCCUGUGAGCGGACGGCGAGACGGCGGCCUCGGCGCGCAGCGUCGCAGCGAGGGCGGCCGCUGCUGGGUGAAUAAAGCGGAGAGCGCCGUCA